AUGGCCUCCCAAGGCAAGUGCAACAGCGUCCAGGGCCCACUGCUACUGGUGGGGCUAGACAGUACCUACCCCGGCCAAGGCGGGUCGCGCUGUCCCAUCCCGUCCGUCUAUCGCGUGACCUGGCGCAAGCAGCCGGUGGCCGAACUCUGUGGUCCAAUUCAACUUACUGAGUCAACGAUGUGGUCCAUGCUUCAGAGUGAGAACGUUGCAAUUGCGGGGGAGCAACUUUGUAACAUUCCAAAGCCUCAUGGCAUUCUACGACGGUCAAUGGGCUCAAUUGGCAUCCAGAUUCCGUCUAAUGUCAUGCAAUUUGACCCAGCCUCUGGACUCUGA